AUGUCUUAUUUUCUCGGCAUUGAAGUAGUUCAAGGAGAUGAUGUGAUUUUCAUAUGUCAAAGGAGGUAUUGUGCAGAGUUGUUGAAGAGGUUUCAGAUGUUUGAUUGCAAUCCUGUUAGAAUUCCUGUGGAGGUUGGUACUAAAUUAUCUCGAGAAGGUGAUGGUGCAGAAGUUGAUCCUAGCUAUUUCAAGCAAAUUAUUGAGAGUUUGAAAUAUCUCACAUGGAUGAGGUCAGAUAUAGCCUAUGGAGUUAGUCUAAUCAGCAGAUAUUUGGAGGCCCCUCGCCAAUCUCAUCUACAAGCUAUUUUGAUAGUGAUUGGAGUGGAGAUCAUGAUGAUCGUAAAAGUACUUCUGGCUAUGUUUUCAAUUUGGCACCACCGCAUUUUCAUUGUCGUCGAAGAAGCAGCCUAUUGUUACACUCUUAACUUGUGA